GCCUGUCUAUAUGCACCCGUCUGUGCAGCACAGCUACUCCAAUACAGAUAGAUACAUACACGAACGUAAAUUCACUUGAAUUUUCUACUAAAAAAAUCGACGCCCAUUAAGGAAAUAGAUCACUUCUCAUAAGCCAUAGUGGGGACUGGAUGAAACCUGGUUCUCAUCAAGAUCUCAAGUUGUUCUUCUUUGUAUUCUAGCAGCCUCUUGAUAUGCUUUGACCUUUCCCUCGAUUUUAAUUGAUUUUUUCGGUCUGAAGAAAAAUGAAGCAACUUUCUUGAUGGGCCUUUCUCCUUGGUCAUUAUUUCUUUGUUCUCUUUAGCAGACUUCAGAAAGUGGGCUCCUUUGACUUGUUCUAGAGAAUUUGAGCAAGGAGUUGAUUGAGUUUAUUCUAGUGGAGAUGGGGAAUACUUGUGUUGGACCAGGCAUAUCCAAAAAUGGAAUUUUUCAAUCCGUUUCUGCGGCUAUGUGGCGAUCCCCUGUCCCGGAUAAUACUGCUGCUUCUGUCAAUGGAGAGAAUGCCAAGAAUGAGACUCCAGUUGAACUUGAGUCAACAGUGUCUGUCCAAAGUACACCACCAGAACAAUUGACAAUGCCUAAGCCCGAACCGAAACAAGAGCAACCAUCAAAUAAUAAGAAGCCUAUGAAGAGGAAUACGAGUGCAGGGCUCAGGACUGAUUCUGUGUUACAAAGGAAAACUGGGAAUUUGAAGGAGUUUUUCAGUAUUGGAAAGAAAUUAGGACAAGGGCAGUUUGGAACUACAUUCCUGUGUGUGGAGAAGGCAACUGGGAUUCAGUAUGCUUGCAAGUCAAUUGCUAAGAGAAAGUUGCUAACUGAUGAAGAUGUUGAGGAUGUUAGAAGGGAGAUUCAGAUAAUGCACCAUCUUGCUGGGCAUCCUAAUGUUAUAUCCAUUAAAGGUGCUUAUGAGGAUGCUGUUGCAGUUCAUCUUGUCAUGGAGUUGUGUGCAGGGGGUGAGCUUUUUGACCGGAUAAUACAACGUGGGCAUUAUACUGAAAGGAAGGCAGCUGAGCUUACCAGGACUAUCGUUGGAGUGGUGGAAGCUUGUCAUUCUUUGGGUGUCAUGCAUCGUGACCUUAAGCCAGAGAAUUUCCUACUUGUUGAUCAAAAGGAGGAUUCACUUCUUAAAACAAUUGAUUUUGGAUUGUCAAUAUUCUUCAAGCCAGGCGAAAAGUUCAACGACGUGGUAGGCAGUCCGUAUUAUGUUGCACCAGAAGUUCUUCGAAAGCGCUAUGGUCCUGAAGCUGAUGUCUGGAGUGCUGGAGUGAUUGUCUACAUUUUGCUCAGUGGAGUUCCUCCGUUCUGGGCGGAAUCCGAGCAAGGAAUAUUUGAGCAAGUCCUGCAUGGUGAUCUUGACUUCACAUCGGACCCUUGGCCUAGUAUAUCUGAAGAUGCAAAAGAUUUGGUAAGAAAAAUGCUCGUUCGAGACCCCAAACGGCGUUUAACUGCCCAUGAAGUCCUGUGCCACCCUUGGGUUCAAGUUGAUGGCGUGGCACCUGACAAACCUCUUGAUUCUGCAGUUCUUAGUCGCAUGAAACAUUUUUCUGCAAUGAACAGACUCAAGAAAAUGGCUCUUAGAGUAAUUGCAGAGUCUCUAUCUGAAGAUGAAAUUGCUGGGCUAAAAGAAAUGUUCAAGAUGAUAGACACAGAUAAUAGUGGUCAAAUCACUUUCGAAGAACUCAAAGCUGGACUGAAAAGAGUUGGCGCCAACUUAAUGGAGUCCGAGAUUUAUGAUCUAAUGCAAGCAGCCGAUGUUGAUAACAGCGGAACAAUUGAUUAUGGAGAGUUUAUAGCAGCGACAUUGCAUCUCAACAAAAUCGAGAGAGAGGAUCAUCUAUUUACUGCUUUCUCAUACUUUGAUAAAGAUGGAAGUGGCUAUAUCACCCCCGAUGAGCUUCAACAGGCUUGUGUGGAGUUUGGCUUCGAUGAUACCCGCCUUGAAGAAAUGAUCCGAGAAGUUGACCAGGACAAUGAUGGACGUAUCGAUUAUAACGAGUUUGUGACCAUGAUGCAAAAGGGCAAUCCCGCUGCCGGUGGUGGUAAAAGAGGUAUGGAGAACAGCUUCAGCAUAAAUUUUAGAGAGGCGCUAAAACUGACCUGAGCUUCAAAGAGAUGUUUUUCUUUCAUUCUUUCCUAUUCCUUUUUCUCUUUGGAUCAAAAGAAAAUAUCCGCUGUUAAGAGUUGUAGAGUAAAGAACGUAGGCGAUGGUUCUUGGUCUGUGCUUGAACUUCGGAAAUUUGGCUGAACCCUCUCUUAACUUACGUUGCGACGUUUUCCCAAGCUUAAGUUAUUUUCUAUACUACAAAUCUAAGACAAUGCAAGUUUUCAGAGGCACUAUUCGAGUUUUUGGUGCUUUUAAAUGUGAUUUCCCUGUUGUUUUGAUUAA